AUGUUUAACCGGAGCGGUGGUACCGGUUGUGCGGGGCAGCCGGGGCCGGCUGGGGGUGGUUCCCACGGGACCGGCCGGGCGCUGCGGGCACCCCGAGCACCGGGUACUGGGGACCGCAUGGAACCAGAGGGGGAGCGGGGCGGGGACCCCCAGCCGGACCCCCGGCCCAGAACGCUCCCACGGGGCCAGGACAGACCGAGCCCUGGAGAGGAGCGUGGGGGGCCCGUGGAGGGCAGAGAGACGCGUCUGAGAGUGGUGCUAAGGGUCCGGCCACUGACCUGCACGGAGACGCGGCGAGGUGACCAGCAGGUUGUGCACAGCCUCGGUGACGGCGCCGUGCACGUGAGCGCGGCCAGGCACGAUGCCACCUUCGGCUUCAGCGCCGUGUUCGACGCCGGCGCCUCGCAGGAGGCCGUGUUCGAGGGCAGCGGGAUGAGGCAGCUGGUGGAGCUGGCCAUGGACGGCUUCUCCUGCACCGUCUUUGCCUUCGGGCAGACCGGCUCGGGGAAGACCUACACCCUGAUGGGGCCCCUCGGGCAGAGCGACACCCAGCCGGCGUCCCCGGCCCUGCUGGGGCUGAUGCAGAGAUCCUUCACCUGCCUCCUGGAGCAGAGCCGGAGCCGUGCCUCUGACCUGGCUCUCAGCGCUUCCUACCUGGAGAUCUACAACGAGCAGGUCCGGGACCUGCUGAGCCCGGGACCCCCGUGCGCUCUGCCCCUGCGCUGGAGCAAAUCCCGCGGCUUCUACGUGGAGAACCAGCUCAGUGUGGAAUUCGAGAGCCUGGAGGCCAUCGUCAGCCUGCUCCUGCAAGGAUCCCAGAGGCGCCGGACAUCGGCACACGCCCUCAACAGGCACUCGAGCCGCAGCCACGCCCUGCUGACCAUCCACGUCCGCAGCCGAGCCGCCAGCGCCUGCCCCAGCAAGCAGGGCACGCUGUGCUUCGUGGACCUGGCUGGCAGCGAGCGGGUGAAGGAGACUGGCUCCAGCGGGGAGCUCUCCGUGGAGGCCAACAGCAUCAACCGCAGCCUCCUGGCGCUGGGACAUUGCAUCUCCCUGCUGGCCAAACCCCGAGGGAAGCGAACGCACAUCCCCUACCGGGACAGCAAGCUCACCCGGCUGCUGGCUCGCUCCCUGGGCGGCUCGGGCAUCACCCUGAUGGUCGCCUGCAUCUCCCCGUCCUCACGCUGCCUCUCAGAGACCCUGAGCACUCUGCACUACGCCAGCCGUGCCCGCAGGGUCACCACUAGACCCCUGGCCAACAGGGUGUCCCGGGAGAAGCUGCUGCAAACCUUGGAGCGAGAGAUCCACGCCCUGCAGCUGGAAAACCUCUCCCUGCGCCAGCAGCUGAGCCUGCCCAGAGUGCCAGUGAGGGGCUCGGAGGUGGCAGGGAACCCUCCAAAGACAUGGGCAGGCUCUGGGGACAGGCACGGCCCUGCAGGGCAGCUCCCACCAGAGGGAACCCCAGCCUGGCCCAGCCUCUACGGCCUCCUGCGCGACUUCGUGGUGGAGAACGAGCAGAUGAGGCAUCCCCAUCUGUCCCCACGCCUCAGCGGUGACAUCCCAGCUGGCCCAUCCCACAGAGGCACCCGCAGCUCCUGUGACAGCCAGCCCCUGCUCCGGAGUGCCCGCAGCCUGCACGUCCCCCAGAGGCUCCCGGUGAGGCAGCGGCGGCCCGAAACCACACCCAGCUCCGUGGCCCGGCUGCCGAAGCUCCCUCCUGCCUCCAGCCACCCCAGCUGCCCACAGUGCUGCCCUGUGCCAGCUGAUGCCACCGUGUUCCAGGUGCUGCCAGUGCCCGCGGUGCCACAGCCAGUGCCCCCUGAGGGAAGUGCUGGACAGGAGGACACGGCUCUGCCUGGCUCCCAUCACCCCCAGCCGCACCAGAGGCAGAGGAGCCGUAGCAGGAGUUUGUCUCAGCAGCACCCGCUGCAGAGGGAGCUGCCAGGCCCUGUGCGCGUCCCCAGCCCCGAGGGAAGGGUCAUCCCUUCAGCACCACCAUGGCCAGGGCUGCCAGAGCCCAGAGCUGCUGGCACCGUCCCUCUCCUCCAGUGGGAAGAGGCACUGGCCUGGCUGGCAGAGCAGAUCUGAGCUAGGCACACCAUGGAUGGGGCCAGCAUCACAGACUGGGGGGACAACCACAGCCCUCGGGGACAUGGGACCUUGGACUGCAAAAACCACGGCACAGACGGUUGGAUGGAUGGACAGACAGAGCUCUGCAGCCUGCAUGGCCCUCACAGUUUUAUUUCUGUCUAGCUGGGGCUGUGCUGCUGGUGGCUCCAGGGAUCCCAUCAGGUGCUCUCCUCCGUGGGCUGGGGGCAGUCCAGCCAGUACUGGGCGAUGGAGCGGGGGUAGCGCGGCCGCACCAGGUCCACGCGCUUGGUGCGCAGGUUCACGCGGUAGUACUUGUCUGGGGAAGGGGACAGGGCAGUCAGGACUGUCCCCAGGUCUGGGGAGCUGCCAGGCCUCACUGCCAGCACCUUCCCACUGCACCCCAGAGCCAUUGCAGAGAGAGAGGAGCGCUCCCCAUGCCCCAGCAGCCCUGAUGCCACAUCAUUCUGGAUCCUGCCAGAGCAGACUCACCUCCCACAAAGAAGUAAACACUCUGGAGCAUCUCACACGUGGAGCCCGACAGCCCAUCGCUUUCAACACCUGAUGAGUCGGGGUCGUUUUGCAGCCAGCUCCAGAAUCCCAGGUUCAGUGAGCGGUGGUGGUUGUACCUCUUGCGCUGGCGGCGGGAUUUCCUCCUGCGGGGCUGCUGGGAGGCCACGUAGAUCCUGCCGGCCAUGGCGGCGUCCAGGCGGCUGGGCACGCCCCGCCAGUCCCGGCUGAUGUACCACGGCCCGUUUGCCCCGGCUGCAAAAGGAGCAGAGGCUGAGAGAGGGGGCAGCAGCGUGCCCGAGACCCAAGGGAGUGCUCCAAUUGAUCCCAGCCUGGAUGGGAUGUGUGACAGUGACACAGGCCAGGCUGAGCCAGGAGUGGCUUAGCCCCUUGGCUGGGAUCUGCUGAGCCCCCUUCUCCUCCUCUCUGUCUUUCAUUCUCUCUGCUCAGGGCUGGGGUUUUGCUGUGGCAUCUCCAGCUCCAGUGACAAUAAACAGUCCCCAGCAGUGA